AUGAAUACAUGUGAUACUUGCGAAUAUAUAUUUUUGGAACCUCUUACACCUCAAAACUAUUUAUCUCAAUCACAUAAACCUUUUAAAUUAUUAUCAUCUAAUGAUUCUAAGAAUCAAACUCUAGUUCAAGACAAUUACCCAUAUAUUCAUGUUACAAGAAUAAUAAGUCAACGAAAAACUAACUAUAUUUACAAGUUGCUUUCACUUGGUUUUUAUCCCUUGGCUGUUAAUAAGACACGACGUAAUUCACUUAAUGGAACAAUAUACCGAAUACUAGAUAAUUAUUCAGUUUCAGUAACAAUAUAUCAAACUUCAAUUAUAUGUAAAACUCAGUAUCAAAAUAAUGGUUCAGUAAAAUAUACAAUAAGUUGGGUUGAUUGUAAUUAUAAAUUACAAAGACAGGUUAAAAGUUAUGAUUCUGCUACCGAUGCUAGUAACAAGUUUUUACAGAAAUUAGGAAAAUCGAAUAAAAGCUCAAUCUCAGGAGUAAAGCUAUUUGCUCUUGAUUUAGAAUGUUUAGAAAAACGCCGUGAUGAAUUAAAUAGCCCUCAAAGUAUACAUCGACAAAGAUCUUUAGAAGGACUAUCAUCAACACAACAAAAUAGACGACUUAAAUUACUUGCAAAUGAUAUUAAAAAUAAUGUACAAUCAUUAUUUUUACAACAUAAUACAACAUCUUUAAAAGUAGAAAAAGUCGAUCUUCGAAUUAGUGAACCCAAAAUCAAAUCUUUUAAUUUUGUAUUUCACGAAUCAGAUUUGAUGCUUGUGAAAAAUCAAUUCAUGAUGCUAGAUACAAGUGUAGUAACUGUAUUGACUUUGACUUGUGCGGCAGUAGCAAGGUAG